AUGAAUUUUUAAAUAAUUCAAACAAUCACAUUUUACUUUUUCAUUUGGGUAAUUAAACCAUUUGCGAAUGUAGGAUUAUCAUUCACUUAUUAUACAGCCUACAUAGCAAUCUAUUUAACAGAUUUUGUACUUUCAUUAUUUGUAAAAGAAUGCGAAUCUAGAAAUCAAACUGUUUUCCAUAAACUACGUAAAAUACUCAACAAACAUAAACCAUAUUAUGGAGUAUAUACUUAAGCAAGUAAUAAUAAAUAAUUAUCAUAUCUAUAGCUGACAUGAUCAUUGAUUAAGGUUACAAUUUUGAAAGCCAUAAAAUAAUUACAGAAGAUGGUUACAUUCUCACAAUUUGGAGAAUCUACAAAGAUGUAACUCAUCCACAUCCUCAUCCAAUCAUUAUGUAACAUGGAUUAUUGGAUAGUUCAUGGUCUUGGCUUAUCAAUAACGAUAAAAAGCUAACAUUGCCAUAUAUCUUAGCUGAAUAAGGCUAUGACGUAUGGCUAGCCAAUAAUAGAGGUAAUAAAUAUUGUAUUGGACAUACUAAAUUAUAAGGUGUAAAUUAUAAUCAACAAUAUUGGGAUUGUUCCUUUGAUGACUUAGCAAAAUAUGACUUCAAGGCUAUCAUAUUAUAUGUUAAAAAUGUUACUCAAAGAGCAAAAGUAAUAUAUUUAGGUCACUCCCAAGGUACUACAUAAGCAUUUGCUUAUUUAUCAAAUAACAUUGAAUUUUAACAUCAUCUUAAAUGUUUUAUUGGACUUGGUCCAGCCAUGUUUAUUUCUAAUUUGGUAAUCCUAAUUAUUUAUAUUUUUUAGAGAUCAAAUUUCUUGUAAUGGGCUAUUAAAUUAUAUUUAUUUGAAUUGAUAUAUUAUUUGGGAAUUCCCUAUUUCUUUGUUUUUGAUGAUGGUUUUAAUAUUAAAAUAGGAGCUCUUUGUUAUAUGAUACCUUCUAUAUUUAGAAGCUUUUUUUUCGAAAUUACAAAUUAAUUGUGUGGUUUUCCAUAAAAAAAUAAGAUCGAUUUAAAUCGUUUCGGUAAUAUGGUUGCUCAUGAGCCUGGAGGUUCAGCAUCUAAAAAUAUUGUAUAAUGGUAUAUAUUUAUAUAAUUGUAGGAUGUAAUUCUUUAGAUCAAAAUAAUUAUAAUAUUUUGAUUAUGGAACUAGUUAAAAUUUAAUAUUAUAUGGAUAAAGAGAUCCUCCUCCAUAUCCAGUAGAUAAUUUGAAGAAUUUUAUAAUUCCUAAAUACUUUUAUUUGGGAACAAAAGAUGUAAUUACAGAUACAGAUGAUUUGGGUAAAAUGUUAAGUAAGUUGGAUUAAACACAUAUGAAAGUAGAAUUCAUAGAUGAUUAUGCUCAUUUAGAUUAUGUAUGGGCUGUUGAUGCUCAUGUAAAAUUGUAUCCAUCAAUAUUAAAAAAUAUUAAGGAGAAUUAAAAUUGA